AGCUUGGCGUGUCAGUCUGGCCUGACAACGGGGAGGUGCAAGAAUGGACACUUUAGCAGUUGCAUUUCUUCUCGUUUGUGGAUUUAUCGAGUACGGAUCAACAAUAAUGUGCUACGAAUGCAAUAGCGCGACAAACACCUACUGCAGCGCUGCUGUUCUUCCAGAAAGUCUAAAACGGAACUGCUCAGAGCACGACCGCGGCAUCACACACACACUCUGCAGAAAGAUAGUCCAGCAUGUCGAACACGCGGUUAACGGCAAGUAUCCUGAGAACAGGAUUAUACGCUCUUGUGGCUGGGAUGAGACCAAAUAUAAGGGUAUGUGCUACCACCGCGCAGGGUAUGGAGGACGUCAAGAAGUGUGUUCUUGCUUCAGCGAUUUCUGCAACAACAGCCACGGUCUAACAGCGCCCAAUCUUCUCACUGCGAUGCUCAUAGCUUACUCCGGGAUUGUUCUUGUUAGAUAGUUAAAUUAUCGUAAAGUAGUUAGACGUAACAGGUUCUUUUUAAAUAAAG